AUGAUCGAUUUUCGAGUCAACGAACAAGUUAUGGCCGUUACACUUUUGCCAUUAUGUCGUCGUUUAUUGUUUCCUGCAGCUUUGAACUUGCACUUUUACGGCAAUGAGAGUCGAAACAAUCGAAACGGGUUCACACAUUCGUCCCCAUUGCUGCGGAAAUAAUUGUGUGGGUCAUUGCACUUGCACUCCACAGCUCACGAAGCGCCCGACUUUUCCCUGGCCACUGCCUGAAAUUGGACAAUUUCGAUAGCGAGGCUCGGACUCAUUAUGAGUGACAAACGGUUCGUCUCUGGCGGUUCCAGUUUGUUCAACUCCAGCAUUGGCAUCGGCAUCGCUGUUACAUUAACAUUAUUAUGCGCUCUGGCGUGCAGGCAUACAUGUGCAGAUCUAGUUUGUCUCGUUACAUAUUUAUUUCUCGUGUGGGAAACUAGUUUUCUCCCAGCCAACCAGGCUCCCGGGGCUGGUUUGUUGUUGGCCAUUUAUGGCGGAGACUUCCGAGCUUCCGUUUGGAGCACGGAGCGCCAGUAUAAAUGAAUUGGCCAGCUCCAAGGAGGCCUCACUUCGUGUGAUAUCUUUGAAAGUGAAGGUGGUUAAACUGGAGCACUGCCUAUGAGUAGACGAAAGUGACUCGAUCAGAGCUAUUGGAAUUUAAAUGGAAAUGAAUGGUUUUCUAGUUCUCCUGUUGUGCGCCUUUUGCUGCAGUGUGGCCGCCAAGCCUCCGGCGGCUCGGCGAGCACAGCUGCAUGACGAUGUUCAGCUCAUCCAUCCACACAUCAUCACGAUAGAGCGUUUGGAGAACCUGCUCCGGCGUGCUGGCGAAAUCUUCGGACCCGCCCUAGAGGAAGAUUCCAUGGCGGAGGCCAGUAGCCAGGUGCAGGAGCAGGUGCAGCCACAGCAGCGCUUGCUGCCGCCCACGGAGCAGCCCUAUAACUUCUAUCUGCCACUCUUCGACUACGUGGAACCCAAGCUGGACGCCAAGAGCCGGAUGAUGGAGAAGAUCGCUCCACCGCCUCAGAAGUCCGAGCAUAACUACUAUGCGGACAAGCCAAAGAAGAAGCCAAAGAAGUUCAACGCGGCCAACAAGCACAUCAACCUCAACCUCAAGUGGCUAAACACCUACGAGAAGGCCAUGGGCGGAGCAACUGCCCCCAAAGCCAUGUAUCUGGAGCAGGACGAGCGCAAUCGGAUCAACUUCGAUGAUUCCUUCUUUGCGGUGGACAUGCAGGUGAAGAUGCCGGACAACCAGCCGCACAAAGAGUUGGUCUCACCUACAAAGCUCCUGCAGCACGGCGAGGAGCAGGCUGAGGAGGAUCUAAUGGCAGCUCCUGCGCAGUUAGACUUCGACUUCAAAUCGCCCGUCCAGGUAAAGCAUCGCACAUAG